UUUCGAGAGCGCUAAAGUUACAGUGAGUAUAGAAUAUGACUUCCGCUACGGAAAAAAUUAAUCCUUCGAAAUCCUUUUGAAAGUUAAAGCUGGUCCGUAGGACGCUACUUCGUGUCUCGUGACAACUAGAGCUUGGCCACAUCAAAUAUUCCUCGCUUCAGUGGUAUUCAAUGAGACGAAACUGAAAUAUGACGUAUAGGAAGUUGGUACAGGAGGAAAAGACUUCAUAUAUCAAUCCCUGCCUGUGCAUUUAUUAGAUUUAUUGAACGGAAAUCGGUUACAUAAACGAAGUAUAGCGUGCAUGRACUUGUCAAAAUCAACUUCAAGUCUCUUUUAUUUGAUGUUGAUUUGAUUUUUAAAGGCCAAACGAAUGGAUAUGGCAAUGUCGGGCGAAUUUGAAAAUACAGCUAUUCAAACAAGACCACUGAAAAUCGAAGAUGAGAAAGCUUUGCGAAGAUUCCAAGACAUAGCUCAAUACUUCCUCAAGAAUACAGGCGAAGGCAAAAUCCUUUAUAAAUCAGGAGUSAAGAACAACUACCAGUGGAGAUCAAUUUGUUAUGCAAGCCAAAACUUUAGAGCUUACUAUGCACUGGAGUUAUUUGGUCUGAGAUCAGAACUAUCAUGCCAGGCUUUCAAAACAGCAAUCGAGAAAGAAAUAUUUAACAAGGAAUUGUUCAGGGAUAUUACCAAAGUCACCAGCCUUGGUUGUGGGCCUGGAGCAGAGAUGUGGGGCUUCAAGAUAUUCUGUGAUGAGAUUUUGCCUUACAGCAGCAACUGUAGCAACGGUAGAAAAACMUCUCCUAGAUUCAUGGGCUAUGACUCAGAGCUUGGUUGGAUGCCAUUUGUUGAGUCCUUAGACUUUGAAUUCGUCAAUAAAGAGCUGGAUGCGACAGCCCUUAGGAAUAUGAUGCCAACUGAUGUUAUUAUAUUGUCAUAYUUUGCCAAAGUAGCUAAAAUCAAUAUUGAUUCCCCUCAAGUAAAUAGUUUUUGGGAAGAGUUGGAGAGAAAAGGAAAUAUCAUUGUGGUGAUUGAGAUGGUUGAUGAAAACCUUCAUCAAAUCCUUCAGCGACGAGGAUACUCUUCAUUUACGAUUUUUGACAAAAUUGGGAACCAAGCUCAGGUACACUGCUUACAUCAAACAGACYAUGCUGUGCUGAGAAGAAGUUCAAGAGUAUAAACUUAUAUCAACAGACUACAGUUCAAAACUUUUGAUAUCAACUGUAGUUUUCAUAUGAGAAUGAAUGAAAUAAUACAAAAAUAUAUAUAUACAGAAUUUAUAAAGUAAAUUCUAGACARGUAAAAUAGCCUCAGAGCCAGAGGUUCUGGUCUGCUUCAGAAUGAGUGUAGCACACACUGGAUAUGCUAGAAGGCUCCAGAGAUAUUUACAAUAGUGUGCCACAUGUACAAUAAUAUAUGAUUUCAUAAAAUAACUGUUAGAAAUCUUGGGCUCUGAUUGAUUGAGAGUGCGUGCUUUAUGAGAGCACAUGAGCAUGAACACSCACUUUCAGUUGCACCAUUCYYAUCCAACAUAACGGUUAUUGUAAUUUGUAUUUAAAAAAGAAAAAAACUUGCUUGCUAUGCUGUGUGGAGUAAAAAAGCACUUGAAGAUUUGCAGAACACUUGGGAACACUCUGCUACAYGUUUUGCYUYUCCUAACACUUCUCUUGCGUUCUGGCAAUCCCYGUGUGCAUUUUAACUGCACAAAGCAUGUGUAGGUGUUUUAUAUUUCUUCAACAGAACCAAGGGAAAGACUAUAUGGGAAUCAGAACAUAAUCUAAGCUCUAGCUCUUACAAAGAGGGACAUUGGCACUUCCUAGUGGUGGGGUAAUACUGUUWGUAGUAAAUUAGUAGUAUAAUUCUUUAUAGGGGCCAAUCCAGGAAUUUGUUAGGGGGGUGUCUCAAAUGAAAAAAUGUAUAUAGAGGUAUCAUGAAUCUUAAAAUUAAUGUUUCCUUUGCUUCAAAAAAAGCAUAAGUAAUGUAAAAUCACAAGCUGGAGGUGAGGGAUGGUAUGGCCAGUUCAACACAGGUGUGACUCAGUGUUGUAAGAGAUUGUCUGGUGCAUUGCAGCAUACCCACAAGGAGGGCCACAAGUUUAUUAGUGUAGUACACUAUUUAGUACCACCCUCAUUAAAUAAAGUUGUUAUUAUUAUUAUUAUUAUACCCCCCUGGAUCCAUCCCUGCUUUAUACAAAAUGUUUUUU